CCAGCAAUCAUUCUCUCAACUUAGUUCAGCAUCACAUAACGGUGCCGGGGUACUUUUUCUUCUUUCCUUUUUCCCUCUACAUUCAAAGUUUAUGGAGUAUCACUGAGGUGGAUUAUCUAAAACGUACUUUAUACCCGACUGAAAUGGAAACGCACAGCCUCAGGAAGAGGGAGUCGCGUAAUGGUUCUGCAGACCAUACCAAGCACAAGCAGAAUGUGAAGGCCACAAUGCUUCAAAAAGAGAUUGGACUGGUGAGCGGCAUUUGCAUGAUCGUGGGGACUAUGAUUGGUUCGGGUAUCUUCAUCUCUCCAAAGUCUGUUUUGCUGUACUCCGGCGCAGUGGGACCCUGCCUCCUCAUCUGGACUGCCUGUGGAGUGUUGGCUACUCUGGGAGCACUGUGCUACGCCGAACUUGGUACCAUGAUCACCAAAUCGGGUGGGGAAUACUCCUACUUAAAAGAGGCUUUUGGCCCCAUUGUGGCCUAUCUCUACUCCUGGACCACCGUCAUGGUGCUGAAGCCCUCCGCCUUUGCCAUCAUAACUCUCAGCCUUGCAGAAUACGCCUGUGCUCCUUUCUACCCCGGCUGCAGUCCUCCCAUUGUGGUUGUCAAGAGUCUGUCAGCAGUAGCUAUAAUGACAAUCGUCACCGUCAACUGUUUGAGUGUCAAACUGGCAAGUUAUGUGCAGAACUUCUUCACGGGAGCCAAACUUCUCAUCAUCCUCAUCAUUGUGGUAGCUGGCAUUGUUCUUUUGGCACAUGGAAACACUGAGAACUUAUCAAAUAGUUUUGAAGGAUCAACAACGUCUGUUGGAGCAAUUGGACUUGCACUUUAUAAUGGACUCUGGGCUUACGACGGAUGGAAUCAACUGAAUUUCAUCACUGAGGAGCUGAAAAAUCCAUACAGAAACUUGCCUCUGGCCAUCCUCAUCGGGAUCCCUUUGGUCACUGUAUGCUACGUGAUGGUCAAUAUCGCUUACUUCACCGCAAUGACCACGACCGACCUGCUGUUGUCUCCAGCUGUUGCUGUGACUUUUGGGGACAGAGUCCUUUACCCUAUGUCUUGGAUUGUUCCUCUUUUUGUUAUCUUCUCAACAUUUGGCUCUGCUAACGGAAGCUGCUUCACCGCUGGAAGACUGAUUUAUGUAUCUGGCAGAGAAGGUCACAUGGUGAAAAUCUUAUCCUUUAUCAGUGUGAAGCGCUACACUCCCUUGCCGGCUCUCAUGUUCGGUGGUAUGUUGUCUCUUUGCUACAUCCUGCCGGCAGACAUAAACACCCUCAUUAACUACUUCAGUUUUGCCCAGUGGGGGUUCUACGGGCUGACAGCCCUGGCUCUCAUAGUGAUGCGUUUCACCAGGAAAGAACUCCAUAGACCUGUAAAGGUGCCGAUUGUCAUCCCUGGCCUGAUGGUCCUGGUGUCUUGCUAUCUCGUCCUAGCCCCGAUCAUUGACAAGCCAAAGCUGGAAUAUCUUUACUGCGCUAUCUUCAUCUUGAGCGGACUCCUUAUUUACUACCCCUGUGUCCACCUGAAAGUCAGCUGGAUUCACAGACUCAUGAGACCCAUCACCAUGCAUCUCCAGCUGUUGUUGGAAGUAGCUCCCCCAGAGGAAACUGUGGAAGAAGAUGAUCAAAAGUUGUGAAAGGAUGGGAAUAUGGUGUGCUGAGGUGGGGCUCUCCUUCGAAAAGCUGCAUGAAUAAAACAGCGUGCAUGUUCAGGAACCUGUACCACGAUGAGCUAAAAAUCACCUGAAAUCUGUGGACAAGGCUAAGAAAAGUCAUGUAUCUCUGUGAUGAGGGUAUGAUUUUCUUAUUUUAAGAUUCUGUUUAUAGCAUCUCUGUGAAAAUGUGUAUCACAUACUGUAGGCAAUCACUUUAAUCAUAUUUUAAUGGAAUCAGAUUGUAAAACAUCUUUCACUUAUCAAACACAGCUUGCUUUAGCUAUGCAUGAAUAUGGAGUAAAGGAGCUAAGGGAUGUGGUAAACACUUUUAAAAUGCAUUAAGGAAGGCUUAGAAGAUCAUGCAAAAUGAUGUGGAGAUGUUUUUUUUUUAAAAUGUUUCUCCUGAGGAUAGACAUCGAAACAACAGAGAUCCUUUCAUGGUGUAUGCACAUAUUGUAACAAUAUUGUUAGAAAGAAAGUUGCAUAUUGUAACAUGUGUUUCUUCCCACUGAGUCUCAGUAUACUGAAGUAAUGUACUGUUUUCUGGGGGGGUGUUUAUUAAAGAUAUUACUUUUUUUUAGCACAAA